AUGAGUCCACUUCUUUCACAAAUGGAUGCCCCAACAAAUGCCACUUUCAUCAAGUACUUUGGAGAUUCUCUUGGCCAAUACAUCGAUCUGGAUUACUCAAUAUGGCUCUCCAGGCUUCUGACACCGCUCAUUAUCACCUUUAUGUUGCCAUUGGUAUUCGUUGGACUGAUUUAUUUCACCUCUAUUUUUCUCUACAUUUACAAAUUGCACAGACGAAUUAUAAUGCAAGCGGUAUCAAGUGAUCUCGACUUCUGGGAUGUAGGUCGUAAAAUUGUAUCGGCUGUAUGGGAUGCUCAUGCAUGGCUAUACCAUGGAUACGAAGUGAUUGGCCUACAUCACCUUCCGCAGGAAGGACCAGCUCUUAUUGUAUACUACCAUGGUGCUGUACCCAUUGACAUGUACUACUUCGUGGCACGUGUCCUCCUGGCCAAGGAUCGCUUAAUUUACACAGUUGCCGAUCGGUUUCUCUUCAAGAUACCCGGCUGGGGCAUUAUCAGUGAUGCCUGCAAAGUGAGUCCGGGUACAAUACAAUCAUGCACUUCGACGUUACGCGACGGUAAUUUGCUGGCGAUUUCGCCGGGUGGAGUGUACGAGGCUCAGUUUGGAGACAAUCGAUAUGAGUUGCUGUGGAAGAAUCGAAUAGGAUUUGCUAAAGUGGCCAUUGAUGCAAAAGCCCCCAUCAUUCCUAUGUUUACGCAAAAUCUCCGUGAGGCCUUUCGAUCAGUGGGAAUUCUCAAGAGAUGGCUGAUAAAGUUUUACAAUGCCACACACAUCCCAGUACGGCCCAUCUAUGGGGGCUUUCCGGUGAAAUUGCGAACAUUUCUAGGACCACCUAUUCCCUAUGAUCCCAAUCUGACACCUGAGGAACUCAAGCAGAAGACAGCCUUUGCCAUUGAGGAACUGAUUAAUAAGCAUCAGAGGAUUCCGGGUGGAAUCUUCCAUGCACUCCUCGAUCGGUUUAGUUUUUUGAGGAAAAGGAGGGCAAGUGACUGAAUGCCUUUUUUUUUCUCCUUGAAGUUCUCAGCCAUCUCUGCAAUUCCAAUGCGUGAAUUUAUCGAAUUUUUAAAUUAUUUUUUCUUUUUAAAAAAAAUGUUACUCUUAGGCAAAAAUCUUUUAUUUUUCAAUUCGCAAGAGUAAGAUACAGGAGCAAUGUGAACCUCCUCCUCACUGUAUUAUUCAUUUUGAGAACCAUCUGUGACGGAUCAGUUCACCACAAAAGACAAUUAUACUGAGGAUGUAGCCGUACAAGAGAAUGAUGAAUGGUCCCUGAAGGUGCUUCAUCGUCAAGACAGUAUCUAUUUCUGUAUUUAUGAGGAGAUUAUUUCACUAUUUUAUGUGCAAAUAUAUUUAAAUAAAAAAAAAUUAUUUUACAA